CUUCUUACCCUGCACCCUGAGCCCAGCCGAGAGAACAAAGACAGAAGGCACCAUGAGUGCGGGCCCUGCAGGAGGCAGGCCCGGGGUUCGGGGAGGACCUGAGCCAAAGCAGAACAUUCCCUCCAGCCUCCUUCAGGACCAUGAAAACCAGCGACUCUUCGAGAUGCUGGGACGCAAGUGCUGGACGCUGGCCACUGCAGUUGUUCAGCUGUACCUAGCGCUGCCCCCUGGAGCUGAGCACUGGACUAAGGAGCAUUGUGGGGCUGUGUGCUUCGUGAAGGACAACCCGCAGAAGUCCUACUUCAUCCGCCUUUAUGGCCUUCAGGCUGGCCGGCUGCUCUGGGAACAGGAGCUGUACUCACAACUGGUCUACUCCACUCCCACUCCCUUCUUCCACACUUUUGCUGGAGAUGACUGCCAAGCGGGCCUGAACUUUGCCGAUGAGGGCGAGGCCCAGGCCUUUCGGGCCCUGGUGCAGGAAAAGAUCCAGAAAAGGAAUCAGAGGAAAAGUGGAGACAGACGCCAGCUACCACCACCACCAGCACCAGUCACAGAGGAAAGAAAAGGGGGACUCCCACCCUUGCCCUCACACCCAGGUGGAGACCAAGGGGGCCCACCAGGUGGCCCCGUGUCUGUGGGGCUGGUGACAGUGGACAUCCAGAAUCCUGACAUCACGAAUUCACGGUAUCGUGGGCUCCCAGCACCUAGUGCUAGCCCAGCUGAUAAGAAACGUUCUGGGAAGAAGAAGAUCAGCAAAGCUGAUAUUGGUGCACCCAGUGGAUUCAAACAUGUCAGCCAUGUGGGGUGGGACCCUCAGCAUGGAUUUGACGUGAACAAUCUCGACCCUGAUCUGCGGAGCCUGUUCUCCAGGGCGGGAAUCAGUGAGGCUCAGCUCACCGAUGCAGAGACAUCCAAACUGAUCUAUGACUUCAUCGAGAACCAGGGAGGGCUGGAGGCUGUGAGACAGGAGAUGAGGCGCCAGGAGCCACCCCCACCACCAUCCAGAGGAGGAAACCAGCCUCCCAGACCCCCACUUGUGGGUAGCAACAAGGGCCGUAUUGGUCCACUACCCCCUGUGCCUUUAGGGGGUGCUCCACCCCCACCCACACCACGGGGACCCCCACCCCCAGGUCGAGGGGGCCCUCCACCACCACCCCCUCCAACUACUGGCCGUUCUGGACCACCACCCCCUCCACCGCCUGGAGCUGGGGGACCACCAGCUCCACCUCCUCCACCCCCUCCACCACCACCACCACCACCCAGCUCUGGGGAUGGACCAGUGCCUCCUCCACCUCCUCCUGCUCCAUUGUCUGGGGGCAACGUGGCCUCUGGAGGCGGUCGGGGGGCACUUCUGGAUCAAAUCCGGCAGGGAAUUCAGCUCAACAAGACUCCUGGGGUCCAAGAGAGCUCAGCCCUGCAACCACCACCACAGUCCGCCGAGGGACUGGUGGGUGCCUUGAUGCAUGUGAUGCAGAAAAGAAGCAAGGCCAUCCACUCCUCAGAUGAAGGGGAGGACCAAGCAGGUGAUGAGGAUGAAGACGAUGAAUGGGAUGACUGAGUUGCUGCCCCUGCUUCUCUGCUGUCUACUGCCCCAGCCCGCUGGCCCAGACUCUACAGUCCAGGACCUCACAUCCGAUUGCUUCCCCACCAACCCUUCACAUGCUGUUAUCCCUUGCUUGUCCUCGUACUCACUGUCCCAAUACCAAGGAUCUUUUUAUUAUUAAAGUUUAUUUAAAA